CAAAGUGGGGAUUAUAAAGAAAGAGAUGAUAAAGAAGAAUGAAAGACAUGUUAUUGCUUUUAGCACAAAGACUCAACUUGAAAUUUUGGAUGAUGGAUAUAAAUGGAGAAAGUAUGGCAAGAAGAAGGUGAAAAGUAACACAAAUUAUUUGAGGAAUUACUACAAGUGUUCAAUUCGAGGAUGCGAGGUUAAGAAGAGAGUAGAAAGAGAUGGACAUGAUUCAAGCUAUUUGAUUACAACAUAUGAAGGUAAACACAAUCAUGAAAUCAACUCCUUUAUUAUUUACAAUCAUGUAGAGGCGGGUUCAGAAUUUGAAUUGAAUUUUCAUCGUCGAGGAGGGAAGAGAGUAGAAAGAGAUCAUGGACAUGAUUCAAGCUGUGUGAUUACUACAUAUGAAGGCAAACACAACCAUGAAAGUUGUUCCUCUAUCAUAUGCAGCCAUGAAAUGCCCACUGAAUUUCCUCAAUGAAUGGACUUUGAAAACAACUUCAUAAUUUCCAUAAAAAGCAAUCGGGAUCCCUUUGUAAUUUUCUUGUACAAAUAUAACAUAGGACAUUAUAUUAUACACAUACGUUUAAUUAUUUCAUCAAUUAUAUCAUGUGACAUGUA